UAAACUGAUGUCUAACAUGACCUGUCACAUUAACAUUGUCUAUGUCCAUGGCAACGACUGAUAUACGAAUAAAGUCUAUCAAAAUAAAGGUCCGAUAUUAGGAUCUGAUAAAGUGGCUUUUUUUAACCCACAAGCUCUGCAACCCACCCAGAAUGGUUCUGCCACCCACUUUUGGGUCCCAACCCACCAGUUAAGAAAAAAAACACUGGCCUAGAGGAGAUGCUGUAGGAUGCUGCAGAACUGAAAUAAAGAAAGACUCUGGAAAUUCAUAGAUGAUAGAUAGAUAGAUCUGACACAUACUGAAACCUAACCUGCCAGAGAUUCCUUCCUCAAAGACUGUGAUCAGUGAACAGUUAAACAUGUCAAAUAAUACUGCUGGCAAUUACAGUUUAUUUGCUCUUAACUUAGCUUUCUUUAUUGUCUCACUGCCAACAUGUCGUAUGAUACACCAUGCUUCUCUGAACUCUUCCUGUUCGUUGAGGCUUGGCUGCCUCUCUAAGUGGUCACUGAGAUGUACACCUAAUUAACAUAAACAAUGUCUUGACAAAACAGUUAAAAGUUUAUAAGCUUCGAAUCCAAGUCAUCAUUGGUAUGUAGCAUUUAGGGGACUUAAAGAAAAACUGACGUUUCAACAGUCAAGUUAAAUCUGUCUUCAAAGACUAGAGUCUUUUGCUUUUAACUUGCAUAUAUAUGCCUAAAAAUAUCUUCAGCAUUGUUAGAGGAUGUGGUGGUGGUGGUCAUUUUUACAUGAUGUCUGACUACAAAUCAUAACAAUCAGGCCUACCACCUCUAUGUCUCUCCCUGUCCUGCAAGUAUGCAUUAGUAGCUCAAACAAGUUACAUGCAUGUAGAAAAGACCUAGAAAAGAACACCACUGACAAAGCAAGACAUACCCUUACAAAAAUUAAAUGUUUGUGGCAGAUUUGAAGCAAAAAUGUGGGUAAUUUGUGGGAAAUAAAUGAGUUCACUAGAAAAUAUUGGCGGAAGAUUGCCCAUAAUUGAAUUUGUUGGUGGACUACAUUCAGGGGUGUGAUUCUUCUGUUUUUAAACGGAAUUCCGUUUUUUUCGACUUGAAAAUGAGACCCACGCAAUUCGUAUCCGAUGAGUUUUUUUUAGAGGGCGGGGGGUCUGUCGAUCAGAGGUAGGCUAUAUUUCUGCAUAACACAGGCCAUCGUUAUAACAGGCCGCUGACAAUGACGACGGGUUUUGUGCUUCACAUCUUUCCGAAUAUCACGCCGCUUGUAGUGUAUUCCGUUUACCAGGAUUUCAUUGAAAGUGAAAGUAGACGGGAUGAUCAGCUGCGUUCUGAAGAAUGCUUGAUUCAAGUUCAGUGUGUGUGGCGCACUUCUCAGCAGAAGCCAUGAAACGACCACAGGUAGAUGCUUCCCCUGUUAGACGUACAUAUGGUAAUCUAAGUAUGGGAUCUAGGAGCACUACCUCUGCUCCUGGUGUGAUGGGUGAUAUGGCAAUGGCAUCUACAGCAGCAGCAGCCUCAGGAGCAACCAAAUGGGACAUCCGCAAAAAAGUGUGGGAUUAUAUCGAAGCUAAUAAUCUUGCCAAUUUCCCACGGCCUGUUCAUAAUAGGAUUCCCAAUUUUAAGGGGGCUCAUGGUGCCUGCAGCAAGGUGUCUGAACUCCAGGUGUUCAGCAGAACCAACGAGGUGAAAGUGGACCCUGAUAAACCACUGGAAGGGGCCCGGUUAAUGGUGCUACAGGCCAAGAAAACAUUGCUGGUGCCCACACCUCGUUUGCGGACUGGGCUGUUCAACAAGAUCAUCCCUCCACAGGGAGCAAGCAAAGAGGACCUGCGUGUGUGCUCCACCUCACAGGGUGUGAAGGAUUUCAGCGUCCCGAUAGGUCUCGAUGCCAAAGUGAAAGUUGAUCUUGUUGUAGUUGGGUCUGUGGCUGUGUCUGAAAAAGGCUAUCGCAUAGGAAAGGGUGAGGGUUUUGCAGACAUGGAAUAUGCCAUGAUGGUCGCUAUGGGAGCAGUGAAUGAGUCUACUGUUGUUGCCACAGUUGUUCACGACUGCCAGGUAGUGGAUAUUUCUGAGGAUCUAAUUGAAAUCCAUGACCUCACUGUUGAUUACAUUCUUACUCCAACGAGAGUUAUCAAGACGGGAUGCACACAUCCAAAGCCACCAGGCAUCAUUUGGUCAAAGAUAGACACAGACAUGCUGGAGAAGAUUCCCAUCCUGAAGAAACUCCGAGCUCUGGAGCAGGAGGCUGGAAAAGACGUCACGCUAAAUAAAAGUCCUGAGGGAGGGCAGAGGGCAGCCGGGCCCAGGACGGAACCCAGGACUGACCCAAAGCGAGAGCUGAAAGGCCCCUCAGAGCGCCGGCGGCCCAAGGAAGGCCAAUCGGAGGAGGUGGCGGCGAGGCGUGGUGGUGGUGGUGGUGGUGGUGGUGGAGGCGGCAGAGGGGGGGAGAGCGUCUUGGAGCCCAGGGCAGCUGGCCAAGCUCCUGUCACCACCGUCUACUUGGGGAACAUUCCAGCGGGCGUGCGCGUGAGCGAGCUCAAGAGUGCCCUGAGGGAGCGCGAGGCCGUACCACUCCGCCUCACCUGGCAGGGCGCUCAGCACCGGGCCUUCCUAGACUACGCAGGCCAGCAGGCGGCAGACCGUGCCCUCGCGGCCCUCGAGGGCCUGUCCAUACACGAGCACACCUUGCAGCCAGAGCUGGCCAAGAGCCAGAGGGGGGACCGCAGGCCUGGCCAGGCACACCGCAGGAGAUCCAAGACCUCCGCAAACACCGCUGCGGCAACACCUGACAACACCACCACCACUGGUGCACCAGUCACGGACAAGCCUAAAACGAAAAGGCCAACCCCCAAGAGGAAGGUGGAAAAUCUGCCUCCUUCCUAAUAGUCUAGACACUGUCCUGCAACGUCAGCAAAAAGGAAAAAGGUCCUACUGUGUUUUUUUUUUUGUUUGUUUUUUACAAUGACUGCAGGCUUGUUGUGUUGCUUAUAACUUAUUAUUAUUAUUAUUAUUAUUAUUAUUCAUAUAGAAGCUUUUAUCAAGCUUGGAACUGAUGAAUUUGCAGUGGUUGCAGUGUUUGUGUAUAUGUUUCGGUGAUCUAGCAUAGGGGAGCACAUUUUUUAUUCCCUGACUGCUGGAAUUAAUUUACCUGAGUCUUUUAUACUUCAGGAAUAAUUUGCCGUAAAAUUCAUGGAAAUGUAGAGUACAUAUGAAAAUAAAUUUUACUUCAAGUUGUUA